UCCGAAGCCCCCCCCCCCCCCCCCCCCCCCCCGGUUUUUUUUUUGUUUUAACGGGGGGCAUUGAAUUUUUUAUUCAAACAUCGCUGAAGAAUGGACAGCUGACGUCAUUGGACAUAUAAGACCGAGGUGUGAAUCGGACUCAUUCGGAGCAUGAUAACGAUAUUGGCGCGAAGAACCUAGCGGAAGACCGGCGGCGACACCAUGGUCAUCACCGAUAGAAACUCGGGCGCGGCCGCGUCCAAGAAGGAGCCGGCGAAGGACAAAAAGCGUCGGGCGUCCCGUCUGCACGGCCUGCCGUCUCCGGCCCUGUGCUGCGCCUGCGGCCUGUGCAUCAUGCUGGCCGGACUCAACAUCACCCUGGUGGGAGUUUUCGCCUUCAGGACCCUGGUGCCUUCCGCCAACCCUUCCAUCGUCAUCGGACCCAUCCUGCUGCUGGUGGCCUUUUCCUUUUUCGGGGCCUGCUGCGUGUGCAGCCGCCUCCCUCCUCCUCCUCACAGCUCGCGCGGGGCCAAGACGGGCGCUCGGGGCCUGAACCUGAUCGGGAACGACGGGCUGGCCGGCGGGGCGGCGUUCGAAAUCGAGACCAGCGAGCACACGCUGCAGGACACCACGGCCGUGCAGCUCAGCCCCACGUCCUCCCCGGCGUCCUCCCGGGGAUCCGGCUCUGAAAACCAGGCUCCUGACGGGUCUCUGCCCGGCACCUGCCAGCUCUUCACCAUGGAGACGGACGGCUCGCCGGAUUCUAGCGGGGCGACCUACUCGGCGUCCGCCGCCUCAGGAGGGGAGGUGAGGCUCAACCUGCCUCGAGAAGAAGUGGCCACCUAGACCCAGAUCUGGCAGCCUGCGUAACGUCCUUGCCGAGUGUGACUUUCUCCUCUCGUUUACUUGAGCGAUUUUUAAAAUGUCAGAGCACAUGACAAGAAAAUAACAAUCGGCAAGUGUGUUCCUCCUGCUCUUAUCGUGUGUGUUGUACUCAAGAUGAUCAAUGCAGCACACCAUACACGUAAACAAUCUUGAGUGUCCUCCCACCAUAAAAAGCCAUCAAAAACUUCAGGUGGCUUCCUGAUUGGCUAUCGUUCGGCUGACCUCGGUGUUGACCGCGCACAUAAAGAUUUGAAAUUGACUUUGGGUGGGAGAUUGAACUGAACGGAAUGCAACCGGUUGCCAGCCAAUCGCUGGGCACACAUAGAAAACAACAGAACAUGCCAACUCCACACAGGAAGGAUUCGAACCCCCAACCUCAGAACUGUGAGGCAGAUGCGUUCGAUACUCAUGCACUGCGUCGCUCACAAGAUAAUUGCUCAAGGUAAUCUUUUCGAGACAUCUGACAAUCGGGCCUUUGCGGACUCAUCGGAAAAGGGAAAAAUGCUCAAAUUCGGCCCAAAUAUAGGAAUGUGUGUACUCCGCUUAAUUAGGGAUGGGCAUAAUAAUUGAUGAGUUGAUUCAUUGAACAUGAAUAAAAACUAGUUUUGGACUGAUUUUCUAAGUUGGAAUGCGCCGUCACUAACCUACAUUAAAGUAGUUGUAAGUAAAACAUCAUUGCAGUAAAUAUUCGUAUGAAAAUGAAUGGAAAACAAAAAGAAGUCACGCUUGCUUUCUUGUGCCGAGCGACAACGUAUUCUUAUGCCGCUGCGCAAAAUAGUCGGUUGCGCAGUGUUCGUAGCCACGAAACCGCGUACGUCAGAAACCGAGGCGCCCCCGUCAUACUUUUGCGACCCACCCAAUACUGGUUGGCCAUCCACUUUUGGGUCCCAACCCACCAGUUGAGAAUCACUGCCAUAGCGGAUCGGGGCAAAGUAGUUAAAUGCCCCAGAGCCAUGUCCACAUUGUCCAAAGUCUUUAUUUCCCACGUUGAACUUUGAACUUCGUAAACCAUCUCAAGAUUUUGUAUGACCGCAUUGCUUUUUAUUUGGAAUAUCGUCUGAAAGAAGUUUUCAAGCGCCAGUGUUUUUUGUUGUUUUUUUUUGCAAAUGUGAAAGAUUAGGAGUGACAGGUGGAGUCGAAGUGCACCAGCAGUGACAUUUGCCAUUUGAAUAGCAAAUCCAUUUUUGAUCAUGUGAUCACGUGAAGGGCACAACGACAGCAGAUUCCAAUUUGGCCAUCUUGUGUCUGUUGAUAAAAAGACGUCACUUAAACUGUGUUUUCAUUCCUCAUAUAUGUUUCUUUUUUUUUUUUUUUUUCAAUGGGACGAGGACCGGCCUUCCUUUUUCAGGUCGGACUUUUUGAACACAGCUUCUUGACCGCAAGAAAGCCGACAGCGCUCGCUGUACAUCGCAUCGACGUGAGAUGUCCCGUUGUCACACUUGACUGCCCGGAGACUUUUGAAAGCCUGAAGUCCUGUGAAAGCGACGUUGCCUUAGCUUGAGCUAUAAGGAUCCAAUUAAAGAGGGCUAUUUGACAGCAAAAGGGCACGCUCGCUUUGUUUACACACAAAUGUUGUUUGCAUGGCAUUCAUUUUGCCUCGCCGACCAAAUAAACCUGCACGAUGGAAAUGAAAUUGCUCCCCUCGUGUGCGUCUUUUGAUCAUCGGAUUUGGGAUCUUUUAUCAGUUACGAUUUGAUUGUGCAGCUGUACCUAAUGAGGUGUCUCGUGGAGUUGCAGACCUGUACAUACCAGCAUUCCUACUGUUAUCUAUUUGCGACAAAGACUUUCUAAUUAAAAGUUCUUGCAUGUUGACUCGUACGGAAAUGAAGGCAGCCUGUUUGUAAUCUAUACUUACAGUAUCUACUGUACUGUAUAUAUGUGUGCGUCUUUAUUUCCUAACAACAAGUUGAUAAAUGUAUAAAUGGUUGUACGUUUGUAAAUAAAAGUGCUCGAAAAUGGA